UGUUGUUGUACGGGACUGUUUGCUAUAUAGUUUAUAGUAUACAAGCAAUGGUGCACAUCAAGUGUUUUCACUUAGUCUUUGUCAUAUAACAUACUUAUAAUACACAUCAAGUGCACUUUGUUUAUAUAAAAUGACUUUCCUCUAACCUUUCUUUUUCUGGAUUUAGAUUUCCCGCUAGCUGUCGCCGCCAUUUUUCCGAAUGACAGCCUCGAUUUCGUGUUUGUUAACACUUCCGGUAACAUUAAAACGUGCUUCGCGGCAUUGGAAAUAACAUGAGAAUGCCAAAGAGUUAAAACAGUAAUGAAUGGUCAUUUAGAUUUCUGAUUAAGUUAAAAACUGGCUUGUAAAUAUGUUACCGGUUGCUGAAGAAACGGAUGACACGUCGGUAUUACGUAAAAUCAGUUCAUUAGUUAAAGUCCGUGUGGAGCCAGUUGGCCGAUGGUAUGAAGCACAUUGUUUGAGAAAACGCCACAAGCAGACACUCUCAGAACACUCUGUUUCUGAUUCGUCAUCAUCUGAUCAGGGUGAAUCUGUAGAUGAAAGCGAUGAGGCAGAUGAAGCACUUUUACAAAGCCUUGAUCCCAGAGAAUGGAAGAAUCAGGACCAUUACGCAGUUUUAGGGUUGAAGAAAAUACGAUGGAAAGCCAGUGAAGAACAGAUCAAGAAAGCCUACAAAAAGAAGGUGUUAAAACAUCACCCUGACAAGCGAAGAUCAAGAGGACAGAAAGUUAAAGACGGAGAAGACGAUUACUUCACAUGCAUAACCAGAGCUUACGAAAUCCUAGGCAACCCUACCAAGCGCAGAUCUUUUGACAGUGUGGACCCCGAAUUUAAUGACUAUAUUCCUCCAAACAAUGCAGCAUCAAAAGACCAGUUUUUUGAAGUAUUUAGACCAGUGUUUGAAAGAAAUGCCCGUUGGUCUAGGAAAAAGAAUACCCCAGGUUUUGGAGACGAGAACUCGUCAUAUGAUGAUGUGUGCCACUUCUAUUCUUUCUGGUAUGAUUUUGACUCAUGGAGAGAAUACUCGUACCUUGAUGAGGAGGAGAAGGAGAAAGGAGAAAAUCGAGAUGAAAGAAGGUGGAUAGAGAAACAAAACAAAGCUGCAAGACAAAAACGAAAGAAGGAAGAGACAGCCAGAAUACGGCAACUAGUUGAUAAUGCAUAUGCCUGUGAUCCUAGGAUACAGAGAUUUAAAGAUGAGGAAAAGGAACGGAAAGUUGCAAUAAAACGGGCAAAACAAGAGGCUGCUCGAGCCAAAGCAGAAGAGGAAGAAAAGGAGCGACAGAAGGUGCUAGAAGAGGAAAGAAUUAAGAGAGAAAAAGAGGAAGAAGAGGCCAAAGCACAAGCUGCCAUUGCCAAAAAGGAUAGGGAGGCACAGAAGAAAAUAUUGAAAAAAGAAAGAAAGACACUAAGAACAGUGGCAAAGGAGUUGGAAUAUUUUGCCUCAGACGAGACAGAACGGGUAAAUAAUAUGGCUGAAGUGGAGAAAUUGGCAGAGCUUUUAUCGCUGGGAAGCCUACAGUCAUUAAACCAAGUAUUAGCAAACGGGGACCCAGAAAAGUCAAAAGAAGCAUUCUUAGAAAAGUUACGAGAAAUGAAUGAAGAAAUAGAGAAUGAGAAACAAAAGUUACUGGCAGCUCAACAGAAACAGUCUUCCUCAGAGACAUCCCAAGGAAACAAGAAGGUCUGGAGGGAGGAGGAAAUUCAGAUGCUGAUCAAGGGAGUGAACUUGUUUCCUGCUGGCACUAAAGAAAGAUGGGAAGUUAUUGCCAGUUUUAUUUCACAGCAUGUGCAAGGAAGUCAACGUUCAGCUAAGGAAGUCCUGGGAAAGGCUAAAGAACUACAGAAAAAUGAUACUUUCCUGAAACAAGAAGCUUCCAAAAAGGCAUAUGAGAAGUUUGAGAAGGAACACAAGUCUAAUAGCAAAGCAGAAAGUGAACCAAGCCGACGGAUGGAAAGUGUGGCUGAGCAGCAGAUUCGGGAGACUGGCACAAACCCAGCACCUUGGACAGUGGAAGAACAGAAAAGACUAGAGCAGGCUCUGAAGACCUAUCCUGCUAACACCCCUGACAGGUGGGACAGGAUUGCGGAAGUCCUACCCUCUCGGAGUAAAAAGGACUGUAUGAAGAGAUAUAAAGAAUUGGUUGAAAUGGUGCGAGCCAAGAAAUCAGCCCAGGAAGCUGCUGCCAAGCUGAAGAAAACAUGACGAUGGCCUGAUGCUAACACUAAAAAACAUUGUAUUUUUGUACACCAGCAGUGAUAACUUUUGUUUGAAAUUUGCCCUCUUUUGUGACCAGAAGUUGACGAACUCACCAAGUUUAAAGAUAUAAUGCAGUUUGGAGAUUUACAUUUGUGGAGUCUAAGUAAUCUUAUUCAUCAGUCUGAAUUGUUUAUCUGUUGAGGUGGUUACUAAUGGCAAUAUUUCACAAGUUUUGCAUAGAAUCCAAUCCAGAAGACCUCAAAAAAUAUAUUUAAAAAAAUUAUUUUAUCAUACCAUUGUGUUGAAAGUAAUAUGGUGGGUUAACGAUUAGUAAUUUUUUCAAGGUUGAGUGUCAGAUAGUUGGUGAUGGUUCAAGACCUGCCCAAUUACAAAAAUCUGCUUCAUAUGUUCAGAAAGUCUGGUUACUCUGUUAUAUCCAGAUGGUCAAAUGAAGUGUAAUUUAUUUUAGGCCAGUUUUUUUUGUUUUUUUUUACAAGAUACUCAAUUUUUUUGUACGUUGUUCAAUGGAACACACUGGUCAACGUCAUUCUAGCAGUGUGACGAUUCUGAGUAACACUUAAUGCAUGUUACACCAACAAUAUCAGUUGUUUCAGAGCACCAUAUACAUGUAGCUGCAUGGUAAGCAAGAGCCACAAAGACAUUAGAAGCUCAUUAACUUGACUGACCAAUGAAUGUUUAAGAAUGAUCCCAAAUAAAUCCUGAGCAUAACUAUGUUACCAUACAAUAUGUCAGCAUUUGCCAUUUUGGGCUUGCUGGACUUAUAGCAAGAUAUAUUGUCUGUUAAAAUGUACAAGAAAUUGAAGUGAACAUUUUGUUUCAAAUAAAUUCUUUACCCGUGAUAAGAAAAUGAUCAGUUGUAAAUAUCUCUUGUAAGCCUUAUCUACCUGUAGGUGCGUCAUACUAAGGCUAUGACGUUACUGUGAGCCUGGUUUGUUGUGCUGUUUAAAAAGAAAGUCAAGUUUACCCUUACUUUGGACAAAUUCCACAAAUACAUAACUGAUUUCACUCAAAACUUAAUAUAGAUUUUGGGCUUAAGUUUUAGUCCCUAAUAACUCGAAGUUUGACCACAUCAUCAAUGUGAUCUGGAGACAAAUAUGUAAAAAUUUCAACUUUAAGUUCCAAAAACUAAGCAUUAUGGUGACAUUUUAAAUUUAGUCAUAUAGGAAUCUGUGCCUGAUGAUUUCCUGAUGUUAAAAUAAGUGAGCAGCACUUGAAAUAAAUCAUUUCUCCUCAUUCUGCAUGCUUGGUGGUCAUUCUGAUCAAGCAAGUGUCAAUCAAUUACUUCAUUACACAUGUGGAUGCAGCAUUGUAGGACAAACUGUAAUUUUAGGGGAUGUUAUAGGGUCAUGGGCUCAGUUUCAGAAAAAAAAUAUCCUACAUGUUCACUUGGUGCGAUUGUCAAGUCGACCUGUAAAAUUCAACUUGUCAGAUGAAAAUAGGACAUGGGCUAUUUAAG